AUGGCAGCCUACGCAACAACAGACCUCCUCCUCGACAGCCUCGCGCCCUCCACCGCGCUCCGCCCAAUCCUCACCCGCCUCAACGCAGACAACUCAUGGAUGAUCUCCCUGCCGCGUCCCGGCGGGCCGGACGCCUCAGGCAAGGCGUACUACCACAUCCUCCAGGAUCUCUGGCUCGGCGGCAUCCUGACCGAGUGGCCCUACACCGCCUUUCUCCUCAAGAUUGUGCGCAAGCAGGCGGGCAAGUUUGACGACGUGGCCGACAUUGAACGGCUCGUGGCAUCCAUCGAAGCGGCGGCCGCAGUCGGAGGUGCAGAGCGGGCAGAGGACACGACGACGACGACGACGAAGCAGCGGCGGCAGAGCGUCGACGCGAUUCUAGUGUCGCACUUGAACAUUGACCACUGUCAUCGGGAGACGCUCGAGCGGUUCCCGCGGGAGACGCCCGUACUGGUCGUCGCGGACGCGGCGGCGCUCGUGCGCGGGUGGGGGCACUUUGAGACGGUGAUCGAGCUGCCGGACCUGGAGCCGGCGGCGGUGUCGUGGCCCGUCGGCGUCGGUGCCGGACCCGGACCCGGACCGGACGGGGCGACACCCAUCGCCGCGGCGGUGCCGGCGUGGCUGCGGAUGUUUCGGCUGCCGGAUCGGGACUCGCUGUAUCCGCACAUCCAUCACGGCAUCGUCACGUCGUGGGGCGGCGAGACGCUGCUCUACGCGCCGCAUGGCGUCGACGCGGAGAAGGCGGCGCACGCGGCCAGGGUGGCACCCGAGGGGACGGCGUGGCUUGCGCUGCUGCACGGGCUCGACGAGCUGGGCACGGGCAAAGCGACGGGCAGGGGGGUCAGGGGGGGGUUGGCGCUCGCGGAGGCUACGGGGAUGCGGUACUGGGCGCGGACGCAUGACGGGGGCCAGGCGUAUUCGGGCAUCAUCAGCUGGCUGCUCCGGUUCCGGGGGUGGACUUUUGAGGAGGGCGUGGCGGAGAUGGAGAGGCAAGGGGGCAAGAUGGACACGGUGCCGGCCUUCUUUGACAUUGAGAACGGAGGGGCGUUGGUGCUGGUCUAG